ACUCGCCUGCGCAUUUAGCUACGUACUGUUUUACUCCCUUCCACGGUGCAUCGGGCGUCAGAGCGUAAUUUAGCAGCGGGAACCUGGUCAUUCAUCCCCAGAGAGCAGCGCGAGGGGUACGCGCAAGAACGGCACUCGGAGUGGACACAUGUGUGAGGCACCAGAGUGAGUGAGCCGCAGUGCCAUGGGUCGUCUCGCCCUGCUCCUGCUGGCUCUCUGCCUUGUGACCGGGACUUGCCAAAAUAUUAACGGCAAGGACGAGGAUCUAGUGGAGGGGUACAGAGAGGUGCGAGAGGAGCUCAGGGAGAUCUUCGCCCAUGGUGUUGACCCCGAGCAGCAGAGGCAGAAGGACGCGUCGACUUCCUCUGGUCUGGGUAGUACACAGGCAGAGCGGCGCCGUCAUCUGGUCAUCCCGGAGGAGGAGCUACAAGAGGGAGUGAGUGCGGCCCGAGGAGCAGACAGCCAUGGCCAUCCCGGGGACGAGACGGCCCCGCUGUACCUCAACGAGUGGGUGGUGCACCUGACGGGCGGCCCACGCCUGGCAGCCGCCGUGGCCAAGGACCUGGGAUACCAUUUUCUGGGCCAGGUGGGCGGGCUGCAGGACGUGUAUCGCCUUUUGAAGAAGGAUCAUCCCCCCACCCGCAAGAGAGCCGCUCAUGACCUCACACGCCACCUCAACGCCCACACCAAGGUGCUGUGGGCGGAGCAACAAUUUGCGAAGGAAAGGACGAAGAGACACGCCCCUGCACGCCCUUUCGAGAAGGAAGAGGCGGCGUGGGAGGAGCAGGAGAAGAAGUCGAGAAGUAAGAGGUACGGAGGGAAGUACUGGAAGAAGAGGAAGAAGAUGACGCAGAGCAGAAUGGAGGCCGCCUUGAGAAUGGAGCGUAUGUUUAAUGAUGAAAUCUGGAGUCAUCAGUGGUACCUGUUUGACACCAGGUCGCGGGCGGAUCUGCCGAAGCUGGAUCUGCAAGUGGUGGGGGCGUGGAAUCACGGGUACACAGGCAAGGGCGUGAGGGUGCAGGUGCUGGAUGAUGGGCUGGAGUGGACGCAUGAAGACAUCAGAGGGAACUAUGACCCAGAAAUCAGCAUAGACUUCAAUGGCAACAGCAGCAACCCCACGCCUCGCUACGACGCUAUGCUCUCCAAUUCCCACGGGACGAGGUGCGCCGGGGAGAUCGCAAUGAUCCCCAACAACCGCAAGUGUGGGGUGGGGGUGGCUUACAGGGCGAAGAUCGGAGGGGUUCGCAUGCUAGACGGCCCAGUGAGUGACGUGGUGGAAGGGCUGUCCCUGGAGUAUGGCUUAGGGAAAGUGGACGUGGUGAGCUGCUCCUGGGGUCCCCUUGAUGAUGGCAUGAGGGUGGAGGGCCCUGGCAGGAUAGCGCAGAUGUCGAUCAAAAGGGGCAUUGAGGAGGGUAGGGACGGCAAGGGUACUAUCUACGUGUGGGCGGCAGGCAACGGCGGGUCUGUGGCUGAUAACUGCAACUGUGAUGGCUACACGUCCUCUGUCAACACUCUGACUAUUAGCAGCGCUACGGAGUCAGGCAACUUCCCUUGGUACGGAGAACUGUGCACCUCGACACUCGCUGCUGCUUACUCCUCCGGGGCGUACACUGACCAGAAAAUUGCUACAGUGGACCUCAACAACACAUGCACAAUUAGGUUCUCCGGGACGUCAGCAGCCGCCCCCCUGGCAGCGGGUAUCGUGGCUCUCGCCCUUGAGGCUAACCCUAGCAUGACGUGGCGGGACAUGCAGCACGCGGUGGUGUGGACCAGUCAGUGGAGGCCCCUCGCUAAUAACUAUGGGUGGCAGACUAACAAGCGAGGCCUCAAGAUCAACCCCCGCUUUGGCUUCGGGCUGCUCAACGCGGAGGGCAUGGUGAGAUUCGCCCAGACCUGGAAGACUGUGCCCGAACAGAAGAUUUGCACAGUAAAAGCCACCAGGAAGUCUAGCAGAAGUUUGCGUAGUGGCGAGUGGGUGGAGGCGAAGUUUCACGGCGAGGAGUGUGAAGAGGUAAGGGUGUUGGAGCACGUGCAGGUGGUGGCCAGCAUCCAGUACUCCAGGCGAGGUGCUCUCACCCUCACUCUCACCAGUCCGCAAGGGACGUCCGUGGAUCUCCUGACUGAAAGGUUCCUGGAUGAAUCGAAGAACGGAUUCGUCAGGUGGCCCUUCACGUCCGUCCUGACCUGGGGCGAGAAUCCGAGGGGGACGUGGACUCUUAAUGUGUCUGAUAGCACCCCGGGGAGCCACAGUGGCUUUAUUGACGAACUACAGCUUGUGCUGUACGGGACGACUGAAAUACCAGAGCACAUGAAGACGCAGAAAAUCCAUGACCCUCCAGCCAAGCGUCAGGAGGAGGAGGAGGAGGAGGAGGAAGAGGAGGAGGAGGAGGAGGAAGGCGAAGAGGAAGAGAAAGAGGAAGAGGAGGAGGAAGAGGAGGAGGAGGAGGAAGAGGACGAGUUGUCACUAAACGCAGCCAGUCUUCGCACUCUUUCUUGGGAGCAAUUACUUACACUACUGACGAAGAGUACUCGAUCGUCUCCUUCCCGCGCCGCCCUUGAGUCACUACUGAAGGAGGGGCGACGGGAGGACGUCCUGGGGAACCUCCGGGCGCAGGCCAAGGAGCUGCAGAUACACCAGGGCCAGCAGGAGUACGAGGUCAACAAGAGGAUUGUCAACGAGCUCAUGAAGAGAAGAUAGAGGUCUGAAAUGUACGUAGGUCAGAUUUUAAUUAGAAAGACAAUCAUUUGUGAGAAGAAAGGACAGGUUUUGAACAUUGCAUGAUGAAGAGAGAGAGAGAGAGAGAGAGAGAGAGAGAGAGAGAGAGAGAGAGAGAGAGAGUCAAGAAA